AUGCCCAGCAUAUUUUCGCGCCUCAAGGGCAAGGACGGCCCCACCAAAGUCAAGUCCAAGAAGAACGGCGCCGGCCAGGAGUCCGCCAGCCAGGUGCCGGCUAAGCCCCGUUGGGAGGAUGCCUACACCCGGAAGACUGUCGAGCCCGAGGAGAUACAUGAGCUAGUCCGGCUCUGUGUGGACGAGUUGAAGGCCAGAGCACUCGACAUCCCAUUCCUUCUGCUACCUUUCCGGCCCACAUCCGACCCAAGUGCUGUGCGCACCUUCAUACGCCACUUUUUCGACCAACAGGCGCCUCUCUCGGGCGAGUUGCUGCUCCAGGAGCUGCGCAUGACCGAACCAAUGGUCAUUUCUGGUGUUGUUAAGUGGUGCUGGAGCCGUCUGCAGGGCGGUAUUGUUGGCUGGGAUGCCUACGAGCUUUUCAAAAUCGGCGAGCAAGAUUCUCACGGAGCGCAUAGCUCUUUCACAACAUUUAUACCCCUGAGCGUGGACAAUCAUGCUCGUUCUAGCAUUAUUUUCAGCUUUUUCGACCUCAUGUCGGCCAUUGCCGCGCAUGGCAAAGUCAAUGGUUUCGGUGGUCGCAAGCUCUCGCGCAUGGCAUCGUGGUGGGCAUUUGAGAACAAUGACACAGGCAAUGGGUUCGAGGGCGGGUACAAGGAAUGGCUAAAGGCUGCAGAUGCCACCAGUCACCUUUUCUUUGCAUACCUGCGGUCGCUGUCGCCACAGCAGGGCGUCGGCAGCUUUGCCAUUCUCCCCAUGUCCCUCCAGAAGCUUCUGCAGGAAACCGAGUACCCUCCCCAACGGCCGAGUUUGCUCCAGUCGUCCACGAACAAGGUCAUCAUGAUUGUCGACACAGUGUCUCCCACGCCUUUCGCACUUCUCCGCCGUGGUAACCAUUUCCAGUACCGCGAAGAGGAUCGCGCGCUGCGUGAAUUCUCCAACUAUGAUGACCCCGUCCAGGCCUUGACAGACGAGUGCCGCAGAGUUCUUAAGGCUGUCUCGGCGGCCAACCAAACGCAGGCCGUCUCGAGUUCCAAGCACUCCACUUCGCUGCGCGAUGCGUCCUGGUCGCGCUUCGAGGACAUUGGCUUUGGUAGCGUUUUGGAAGAGGAGGACGACGAGGACGAAAGCGCGAAAGACCUUGUGAGCCGGCGCAACCGUGGUCUGCGGACCACACCCGCCUCGGGAGGAGACGGACUCGCGCGACCGACGACUCCGUCUUGGGCUGAUUUCCUCUCGUCCGGCUUUGUUGAUGACGGCCCGAACAGCCCGACAAAUAUGCUUCUUCCUCCGGACAAAGUUCUCCCCCCCAUCGACGCACAAAUUCGCCAGAAAAGUUCCCAGUCGCACCGCCCUCGCCUGGAGACGGAGCGUACCCUCGAGCCCGGUGAGCUUGCCAGCAUCAGCCGCUUCGAUCUGGACGACUCCUUCUGGUGGGUAUGGAUGACAAGUUUGGCGCCUGAAGAGACGCCAGAGCGGAAGUCGACGUUUGGACGAUGUGCUGUCAUUGAGACCCGCAUUCGCUCGGGCCGUUGGCUGGUAAUGGAGGAGAUCGUGAAGGGAGCGGCUGCUGAACCCGACCCGGGCGCAUACAUUGCUGAGAAAAAGGGCUUUUUCAGCUGGACACGCCGGAACAAGGGCAUCUCUCGCAGCAAGUCUACUGGCAAGCAGGCGCUUGACCGGGGCCAAAACGGCCUCCUUGCGCCUGGCAACACUCUUGGUGUUAGCAAAACCAGCGUUGCUCCUGACCAACAGGCCAAGAUCCAGGCGGCGGCACAGAGACUGCACGAGCGCCAAAGAAGGGAAGAGAGAGAGCAGGCUGGGUCUGCUCUGACAAAGCGCGGGCGUGUCGAAAAUUCUUCAACUGAAAAGACGACCAGUGUUCUGACAAUCCAACCCGUUAUCGCCUCUGAAGCCUCUUCCGCCAUGAAGUGGGCUAGCAAGUACGACAAGGAGGCAAUCCGGGAUGCGUACCUGUCCAAUGCCAAUGCUGGCCGAGGCACCCCGGCAUCCAUGUCUACACCGGCCGUGCACCUCAAUGGUAUUCAAUCUUCGACGAAUGGCCACGAAAAGUCCAACGCCGCUACCGAAGGUACACGGAAGCCCCUUGCAUCUCCAGCGGCCGCAUCCCAGCCGACUGCAGCGCCAGCUCCGGAACAGGCACCGGUGGUGGCUGCUGCUUCGCCGAAACCAUCGGCGAGCCUCACUAUCCUGCCAGCACCGGCCCGCAACGAAGACUCUCUGGAUCUAUCAGAGAAGGCAGUCAGAGUGGCCGACUCUCCUACAAGCAUCCACCCUGCUGAGCGCCAGGAGGAGUCUGGCCGCACGUCGCCCCCGGUCCCUCCCAAGGACAACCAGGAUAGCCUGGACGCUACGCGCCCUGCCGUUGUCCCCCCUGCGCCUGCGGUUCAAUCUAGCCCUGAAAGCAAGAAGACGGGAAAGAAGCUCCACAAGGACGGCAAGGAAGAGAAGACGUCGCUACCUCCUUCUUCUGGCGGUCUGCGGAAGCUCUUCGGCCGCAAGAAUCGUCAAUCCAAGUUGCCCGAUAACGCCGCGGCUGGUGUGAACGCCUUGCUUGCUGCUGAUGCUAACAAGGGAGCAGCUCCCAAGGCUGCGCCGGCGCCAGCGGCUCCUGUCCAGAAACCGGCGUCGAUCGCGUCCACUGCUCUCCCGGCCGCUGCCCCGGCCGCUGCCCCGGCCGCUCCUGCUGCACCGGAGGCUGCUGUCACCCCCGCGGUUGCCGCUGCUCCAGCAGUUUCUCCUGCCCCGGUUACAGCACCUGCCCCUCCUGUUCAGAAUGAGCAGCCGGUGGAUCCCCCGAGAACCCCGACAGUUCCCGAGCCGGUCUACGCGCCAUCUAAUGAUUCGCUCUCGCGCGUCGGUACCGCUGAAGCCCAGGACGCCGCUAAAGAGUUCUCUCGGUUCGACCAGGGUCCAUUGACAGACCAGCCGGCCUUUGUCCCAGACGACUCUGACAAUGAUGCUGACGAGGCCGUUCCUCCGCCUAUCGCCCGCCAACGGUCACCCGUGUCGCCUGAGCCUGUUACCCCCGUCCCCACCAAGGAAGCGUCGCCGCCUCCCGCGGUCCCCGCCAUUGACCGUUGGGCGCAGAUCCGGAAGAAUGCUGCUGACCGCGCUGCCCAGCGCCAGGUAGAGGAGGUGCCACGGAAAGAAUACACCAGCAAGCCUUCUGAUGCCGAUGGCGACACCAGUGGUGAAGAGACUAUUGAAUCGCGUGUUGCUCGUAUCAAGGCUCGCGUGGCUGAGCUGACUGGCAACAUGGAGGGCGUUUCGCCUCCUGGCGCCCGCGCUCCACCUCCCAUCCGUCGCUAA